CUUAUUUAAACCUUGAUAAAACCUGCUGUUCCUCUUCAAAUAAUGAAUAAACCAUGGUCCAUUGCUGUAGGCUGGACAAGUUUAACACUUGCUGCUGGAAUAGCUUAUUAUUUUGCAAAGAAGGAUAUCAAGGCAAGACAUAGAGAGCGGAUAAUGGGGGGAGAAGAUAAGCUAAAAUUAGGAGAUAAUUUAAAAAGAAAUACAGUAAAUAGCGAAAUUAAAGGGAAUAUAAGGGAGAAUAAUAAAGCUCGAGAAGAAGGGUGUAAAGAAGGGUGUAAAGAAGGGUAUAAAGAAGAAUAUAAAUAAAUAAAAAUAAGUAAAAAUAAGUAAAAAUAAGUAAA